UAUGUGAAUAAAUUGAAAGCAUGUGUCUCAGUUGGAGGUGGAAAGCAUUCCGAGUGGUUUGGGAAUGAGAAACAUAGAGAUGUCCUUCUUCCCAUGGCACUUUAAGCACGAGAUGCCUUGUUAAGGUUUCACAGUCUCAUGCUUCAAAUUAUUUUUCAAUGUAAAUGUACUGCUUUCUAGAAUCUGAAAUUUAGCAUAUCCCUUGAUACUUUUUGUGUAGUCAUUAAGCUAUUAUGUGCAAAUGCCAUUGUUCUUAUUUUCGCCUAAUUUCCUGGAUGUUGAUCCAUUCUACUGGUGUAGGUGAUCAGAACUUACAAUCUGUAUCCGUGUUUGCCCCUUUUUAUUUUAUAUAUAUAAAUAAAUUUGGGGCAGCUGAUCCAUGUGUUAGCCUCAAUUAAACUGACACUUUGCUUGACUUUAAAUUUCAUAAUUCAUAACGUACUAUUUGUAUGGAAUUGGGCAAAAUGGCUAUCAAGUUGGAUGAGUUGUUUCUCCAUCGACUCGAUUCAAACUCUUGAAACCGCCCUGUUUUAGAAGGUGUAUGCUAACUUUAUAGUCACCCAUUGAAGUUUCAGAGAUCUUUUUUCUUUCUUUGAUAAACUAAACUAGAGAAUCUCGUAUAUUAUCAGAAUUUCUGCUGACAAGGGGCGCUACCCACCAUACCUGGGUGAGGUGGCCACUUUACCCCCAGCCUACACCCCUUGUCUGCCCGUACCUGUUGAACGGGCGGGUGGAUUGUCCAACUAACCGCCCAAAACUCUGUCCAAAGCCAGAUCCAGCAUCCUGUAACCAUAUCCAACCAAUCAAAUGUCAGCCCAUUUCAAACUCAAACAAUAAAAUCAGAUCUGAUCUGAACAGUAAAUCUAUUUAAGAUCUGAUGUCCAAGCGGAUCGGAUUUGAAUAGAUUGGAUCUGGUUAGAUUAUCAAAGAUCAGAUCUGAGCACCAAAGAUUAGCUCUGAUGUUUGCUCAGAUAAGCCAAUCGAAGAUCGAAUCUGAUCUUAGAUUUGAGACACACUGCAGCACUGUGGAUCUGAGAGCGGGGGAGAAGAUAGAAGGAAGAAGAGCAGAAGAAAGAAGGAAGGAGUAGAGGAGGAGGCGGUAGUGAUUUUUAGGUAGGUAUAAGAUGGUUUUAUACUAUGAUUACAUGUGCUGGCAAGUGAAAACCCAAUCAGGUGGGGUACCACUUGGUAAAAAAAUUGUAUAAACUCGUUCGCCCCACCCAUGGGGCGGGCGGGGCAGGUGUCCCGCCCCUGGUCCUUGGUGUUGACUCUGGAUGGUGAUGGAGACUUACUUAGAUGAGUUCAAAAAUGUCAGCGAAGUACAUCAUAGGAGGUAUUUUGGGAUCUUUUGCAAUUGCGUACACGUGUGACUAUUUUCUUGCUGACAGGAAGAUAUUUGGUGGUACCACCCCCAAGACCGUUUCAAACAAGGAAUGGUGGGAAGAAACCGAUAAGAAGUUCCAGGCCUGGCCUCGCACUGCCGGGCCUCCUGUUGUGAUGAAUCCCAUCAGUCGCCAAAACUUCAUUGUCAAGCCCCGUUCUGAAUAGUGAAAAGCUUGCAUCUUUGGCAAAACAUUCGAAUGAAUUUCUUUUCUUGUUUUAGGCCUUGCAAAACCAUGCUCAUAAAUUCUACUGUAUUCCAUUAAAUGAUGCACCCAUAUAUCGGGUUCGGAUGUUAAUAACCGUCAUCAGGGCAUUUCUUUGUCAGAAUGAUAGUUUUUGUUUAUCAUUUGGAUGUGUGAAAGAUGAUUUUACAAGCUUUUUUCUU